GGGGGCCACACCCGAUGUCGGCACUCCUCGGGCCGCGUGCAAUGGGGACCAGGGCCCCAGCCCCGGCCCCCUACGGCCCUGUGGCCCCGCUUCAGACUUGUGGGGCCGCACGAUCGGUGUUGGGGAAGGGCGAGUGCCCCUCUAACCACUAAUAGCAUUACCUUUUCAAAAUUACACACGUUGGUUAACGAGAGCAACCGAAGAUCGUUUCAAGUCGUUUCAUCUUUUGUUCGGUGUUCUUUAAACAACAUCCAACAACUUGAAAAUACUGAAACGGGCUAAAAUAAAACCUACACUGUUUAAAUGUCGAAACAUCGAGAUUCUACGUGCCAGAAAAAUGAUCUGCCCAAGUCGUUGCAAGGGACAGAGGAUGCUGAAUUCGUGUGGGGUAUGAUAAUUGAUAGAUUUCCAAACGCGGCACCGCUCCUCUGCGAGAUGGAAGCAGUAAUAGAUCGUACGGAGGAUCUACUUCAACAACUACGUACGCCCUGUCGCGAAAUUGAAACGUCAACCUCCUUCUGCACGCCAGACUCGGAGGAUUCGACCGUGAUGAUCUCUGCCGAGGAUUCGAUGUUAACUGUCAAUGAUAACACGGAAGAGAAUAGUACUGAAAAAAUCGUGGCAGAAACGCAGGUUUCUCAGAGCACUAUGUGCGAAGAGGAUGCCGACAUGAAUGGUCAACGCUCUGUACAAGACACUACAAGUCAAUCGAGUGAUUUGUUAAUGAUAUACCAUCCUGAAGUUAAGAAUUCUAUCGUGGAAGAAUUUAGUCGUUCAAAAGUUGAAACGGAUACAGAACAGAUGACAAAGCACGCGCGCAGUUUGGAGGAAUGGGGUAAAGCAGUGGACAGUGUUUCACGAUGCUCGAACAUAGGUAAAGAUCAAUCGCGUAAAAGGACAACCGACAACGAAAUCAAUUGCGUUGAUCGCAAUGAAAGUAAAACGAGAGAUGACAAUAUUAACGAUCACCAAAAGUCUUGCAUUAUUCUCCACAGUCAAAAUAGGUGUCCAGACAUCGGUGAUUCUGAAAUGACUGUGAACAGUCAAGUACCAAUUGAAAUUACGGACGAUUCUGCAAGCGGUUCAAUGAAAAUAAAUACAGCAGGUAGCGGUGACGAGAGUACUUCGGAACGGCGAACGCCGUUAAGCAUUCUGGAAGGAUACUCGAAACGAUGCAAAGUUCCGAUCAUAUACGAGUACGAGAACGAGGGUCCACAUCGCUACAAGAACGUCUGCGUGAUACGCGGCUCUCUCGGUGGAUUUAGCGCAACGUGUAGAAAGCAAACAGAGGAAUCGACGAAAAAUGCUCUAGCCACGGAAAUUCUACAACUGAUAGCUAGUCGUCAAAUAGCGGAUAUGAAACUUGCUCCUCUUGCAAAACUUUUAAAAGAAGAAAUGAUGGAGGUAAUCAAUUUAGGCAUAGACAGUCCAAGAGAGACAGCACAGAAGAAGCUGUACCAAUUAUGUCUUGAAAAAGGAGAACAACUUCCCAAGUAUUCUGUGAAUAAAAUGGAAACUGCUCAAGGGGUGAAGUAUGUAGCUGUAUGCAAUGCAUUAGGCUAUAAGGGAGAAGGUAGAGGUGUCAGGGAAUGCGUUGCGAAGAGAGCAGCUGCUGACGAAUUAUACCAUCAGUAUUGUCAGGACACGAAGACGAUAUUGAAGUAAGACAUUUUAAGUUACGAAAAACAUGCUACGAACAUCGGUCAGCUUGUUCCCACGAAGACUGAGCAAUCUGAAACGAUCCACCCAA